UCAUUUUCACUGUCAUUUUGUGUGCAUGGCGGUUAUUUAAUGGUUUGUUUGUAAUUUUUUAUUAGUUUAAUUAUAAAAUUUAUGAAUUAAAGUAAACUGUACAAUCUGUUCCAAAAUAUGGAAUCUGGAGAAACUUUCUUAUCAUGUGCUGUGACGGUAGAGUGGAUGACCGCACAGGGGUCUAUUAGUAGAAAAGUUAAUUACAAAACCGCUUCCCUCAGAUUAAUUCGAAAUGAGUUUCGCGAAAUGUUUAUAGAGAUAACAAGUGAAAAAAACACGCCAAUUCGGCUAGCGAUAAAAAAUAUUAAUGUUUUCAAAAAGUUUAUGGCGGAGGGCAAAUCGAGCAUAAAAUUUCAGGACACCGGUUGUACUUUGUUCAUAUCGAAUGCUCCUCCAACCAAUUUAGUAUCGUUUCUACGAACAAUAUUCAUUAAGAUUACCGGUGACAAAGAUGAAGUAGACAAUCGUACCCCUAUGAAAAAGACUAUGCGAGCUAAACUAUUGAGUGGAAAAGCUCAAGCAUUUGAAGACAUCAGUCCUGUAACCGUGGCAGAUGUGUGUAAGGCUAAAAAUAAAAUUAGUAAAGCUACAACGACCACACCAUCUCCGCCUUCAAAAAAGCGUAAACUAGAUGAAGUUGGCAGAGGGCCAGCUCCAAAGAAACUGUACUCUCCAUCACCCCUGACGUCCACUAACAGUUUAAAUGUAGAACAACAAAGAGUCUUAGAAGCUUGCCUCAGUGGCAAGAAUAUUUUCUUCACAGGGUCUGCAGGCACUGGGAAGAGUUUUCUUUUGAAGAGAAUAGUAGCAGCUCUGCCACCAGAUGUUACUAUGCCCACAGCAUCUACUGGGGUUGCAGCUUGUCAUAUUGGUGGAACCACUCUUCAUGCAUUUGCUGGUAUUGGAGAUGGCAGCGCAUCAGUAGAAACGUUGUGUGAACGAGCUACCAAGAUACCAUUGGUUGCACAAAAAUGGAGAAAAUGUAAACAUCUUAUAAUAGAUGAAAUAUCUAUGGUUGAUGGAACUUAUUUUGAGAAAUUGGAAGCAGUUGCAAGAUUUGUCAGAAAGAAUGAUAAACCAUUUGGUGGCAUUCAACUUAUCCUCUGUGGUGACUUCCUCCAACUCCCACCAGUUGUAGAUAAAGGAAAAUCAACAAAAAGGUUUUGCUUCCAAACUUCAUGUUGGGAGAAAUGCAUUGAACUAUGUUUUGAAUUAAAAGAAGUUCACAGGCAAACUGAUCAAGAAUUUAUAUCAAUUCUCAACAGUAUUAGAAUAGGCAGAGUGACAAAAGAGAUUAGUGAAAGACUUCUGAAGACCGCUUCUCAGAAAAUAGAAAGUGAUGGAAUCCUGGCUACAAGACUGUGCUCUCAUACCAAUGACUCUAAAAUGAUUAAUAAUUCAAAAUUGCAGGAUUUAAAAGGGGAAGAGAAACUAUUCUCAGCUCAAGAUAGUGAUAAUGCCACUUCUACUCUUGAUAUGCAAACAAUUGCUCCAUCAAAGUUGCUACUAAAAUUAGGUGCCCAAGUUAUGUUACUAAAAAAUAUCAAUGUCAAUGCAGGUUUAGUGAAUGGGGCCAGAGGAGUAGUGGUAAGAUUUGAAGAAGGAUUUCCUGUUGUUAGAUUUAAGAAUAAAAAAGAGUACACAGCGAGAACUGAAAGGUGGUAUGUUAAACAUUCUAAUGGCACUUUGCUCUGUCGCAGACAAGUACCACUUAACUUGGCGUGGGCAUUUUCCAUACACAAAUCCCAAGGACUGACGUUGGAUUGUGUAGAAAUGUCUCUAGCUAAAAUAUUUGAAGCAGGACAAGCUUAUGUAGCUCUAAGCAGAGCCCAAAGUUUAGAUACAUUGAGAGUUCUAGAUUUUGAUUCACGUCAUGUAUGGGCUAACACUGACGUUUUAGAAUUUUACCAGAGAUUUAGACGACGUUUGCAACAAAUGGAAAUCAUACCAUUAGGUAGGCAUCUAUCUGACAAAUCAAACAAGAAAGUGAAACUUCGCGAGAUAUUAGAAAAGAAAUUAAGACAAAAGUAAGACUGAAUUUUCUGUCCUAUUAAUUUAUAAGAUUUUAGCUCAAUUUCUUUAUAUUCUUAGUCCUAUAUAUUUAUAAUCCUUUGUAUUUCUGUAUACUUGUACUGUUCUACUAUAAGACUAUCAUGGGAACAAAAAUAUAUUAUGAUAAAAAUAAAAUAUUUACAAUAAAA